CAGUUUAGUUCUGGUCCGAGAGGCCGAGCGUGUAGAUAGUCGUGUCGCGUCGUGUUCAGAAAGAGAGCCGCGUCUCUCGAGCCACAACACACUCGACGUGCAGUGUCAGACGCGCGAGGCACACGCACAUACACGCACCUCUACAUAUAUGGAAUAUCAUAGCGCACGAGCGCUGCCGCUGACGACGCUGCUGCUGCGUAGUCGUUUCGCAAGUAUCGUCGAUAUUCGGAUGCCGCUGUGUUUCGUCGCUGCUUCUUCUCCUCGCAAGGCUUUCUCGAGUCCGAAGAGGCGCGAUUACGUGCCACCGCUGCUGCCGCCUCCGCCACCACGACCUUAGAAUCUUUUAAUCCGCGGCAAUAAAACAAUUAAAACAGAAGAACGAGAGAAUCGCUGGCGCUUUAUGAUAGCUUACCGCGAAUAAGUGUUACAUGCUGCUGCUAUGCCCGUGCGAACAUAAAAACAAAAAUCACACCUACGUUCGACGUGUUGACUUCAAGCCAGUGUGUGUGUAUGUUUGUGUGUACUUUAUGACAGUGAUAUACGGUGAUUGUUUUGAAUCAGUGACAGCGAUCGAAAUCGGUGUAAAUAUUUUGCAUUGGCUCUUGGCUGAAAUUAUCUCUGGGUUCAUUCGUGAAUAGUCGCGUUGUGUACGCGAGACAAGGACAAAUAGACAAACUGUGAUAUUAGUUGCGACUAUACAACUGCAAGCAAUCGACAUCGAUGUUGUGUUUCAAAAAGUGAACAUCGAUGCAGUCAAUAUUGUUUAAAGUUCUUCGUUCAUUUAGUGCAAUUUAGUGAAUAUUUUAAAUAGACUAUUGCGCUCCGACUCAUUGACACUACACAUGUGCAUAUCGAGUGAAAGCGUCAUCGUCGAACAUUUAGCCAUAUAAUACAUGCAGUAAACUUAUGUAAAAGAAAAAGUUGAAUCAAGACACGGUAGCUAAAGUGAGUCUGUUUCUGUUCUGUUUUAUUCUCGUCUCUGGAACGCUGUGUCGAAAAAAAAUCAACCUUAUCCCAUCCAAUGGACCUACUCCUCAACUGAUCAUUACAUUGGACUGGACUGCAUCGUCACUGGGAUCGUCUCUGCGUGUGGCUGCUGGCUGCAAUCGUCGAAUUUCGCAUCCGUCUCUCGCGCGUGUGUGUGGAAAAACCAAAACGCUACUCUGUUCGAUAUCCGUGUGUGCUUAUGUACACGCGUUGCUCGUUACCUCGCGGCUCGCUCAUCCUUCAACCCUUUCCACUCGAUCGUCUGCGGAAUUUCGCUUGACAUCGCUGUUGCUGCCUGUCGAAUAAUCCCUACCCUCGAUCCCGUCGACUGUGCCCCUGUCUCUUUUCCUUCUCGCUUCUCUCUUAUUUCCUUGCAUUCGUCUGGCAUCCCCUCCAUCUCGGGUCUCUCGACUCGUGGCCUGCUCACGCACGCACGUACACACAAACAUUCGCGUCGUUCUCGUCGUUCUCGUUUGACAUCAUCAUCAUCCGUGGCGCAAAAAUAAUAAUCUCUCACCGACCAUGACGCGGGCCCGUCGUUGACGACAUCGAACGACGAUUCAUCAACGAUCGCCGCCACACAUCCUCUAUUAACUGUGCUGAAAAUCGCUAACUCGCCUCUCGGCUGGUCGUCCCUCGUCGCGCUCUAAUCUCGUCUGCGCUCGUCGCCUCGAUCAUCGGCUAACUAACGUCAACAUCGGUCGUGCCAAAUCCGCGCGAUUUGCACCAUCUCCGACCACGUGGCGUGCUCAACGGCCACCCUGUACGACAAUGUGCACGCGGUGCCGCUCUGCGGCGCCGGCGUUGCCCACCACCCUGCCUCCGUCACUCCAAUGGGCACAGCCACCGGAGCGGGGAAUUCCGCCGGGUUGACCUCCUGGUGGAACAUGAUGAAUGGGGCGCCGUACGAAGACAGUCCGCCACCCGUGACGGCGCCCGCCACAUCCCUGGUUCCCCUGCACCAGCAGCACCAGCAACAGACAGCGGUCAACCAACAGCAGCAACAGCAGCAGGCGGCGGUCAAUCAACAACAACAGCAGCAGCAGCAACAAGGCUCCAGCCCAACGUCCCCGGGGGUCCCUUCGUCGGCUGCGACGAACCAGCAGCAGCAGCAACCCGCACCGGCCUCGUCGUCGUCGCCGAGCGCCUCCUCGGUGGCAUCGAACGGCACCACAGGACCGCUUCACAUACCGGCCAAGAGGCUAACGGCGACUCCGGUCGGUCAAACCAGUGCCGGUUCGGCUUACGGCGACGUCGGCUGCGAGCCUAAUGGUGGAGUGAUACGGCACUCGACAGCGGGCAACGGCCAGGGUUGGUCCAAUUACAGUCCUCACCACCAGCAGGCGCAAGACGGCCACUACGUGGGCAGCGGAGCCGACUCGUUGAACCAUCACCAGUCGUACGGGGGAGCGAACCCUCCGACCUACUACACCAAUCUGGCGAACGAUCCGAGCACGACCCCGACGCGCGAUCGCAAGGUCGGACUGAACUUCUGGUCGCCCGUAGGAGCGUCCGGAGCCACGACUACUGGAAGCGGCUCGGCCGCGCUCACGGCCACCACGACGGAGUACAAAUACAAUCCGGCCGCGGCCGGCAUAGCCACCACGAGCUCGUCGACGGGCUCGUCGAGCGUAGCCGCGGCCACCGAUCAGACCGUCAGCAGCCACCCCAGCUUCUCGCAGGGCUGGGGCAACUAUUACGCCAGUCCUCGGCAUCAUCACGGUGGCAUAGACGGAGCUGCGUUCGGGGCGCACCAUCACUCGCAGGCCUACCUGACGUCCUCGACGACUGACGAUAAGAGUCGCGUGGCGUCCAUGGCAGAGGCUGCUUUCUCACACGACAGUUACGGUGGACUUCGGAACUACUGCCCGGAACCAGUCACCUCCAGCCCUUAUCCACCACCAGUGAUGUGGGGUUCCUCCCCAUCUUCUUUGUUUCCAGGCAGUUCGAUCGGCGUGAACGUUGGAAAUUGCGUCGUCGCCAUGGGCUCCUGUCGAGCCGAUCCCAACCCGCACGAAACUUGGGUCGCUCAGGCAUCGCAGCGCAAAAAGCGCAAACCGUACUCGAAAUUCCAAACGCUCGAGCUCGAGAAAGAAUUUUUGUUCAACGCUUACGUGAGCAAGCAAAAACGAUGGGAGCUAGCGAGGAACCUCAACCUAAGCGAGAGACAAGUCAAGAUAUGGUUCCAGAACAGACGGAUGAAGAACAAGAAGAACACGCAGCGCCAGGCCCAGCAGUCCAACAACAACAACAGCAACAACAACAACAACGUGCACUCGACCAACGCGAACCACCUGGGGGUCGUGCCGAGCAGCCAUCCGGCGGCGUUGCACCACGUGAGCCAAGCGCACCAUGCCAACGGCUCGAGCAAGCACCACCAUCAGUGACCCGUAGUUUUCUCUGGAGUCACCUUCGCCGGUGGCUCCAGCAGCUCCGGCGUAAGUAGCAGCACCUCGAGCGCCGCGGCUGCUGCUGCUGCUGCCUCGGCGGCUCAACACUCGUCGUCGUCGUCGGGUGCCGGUGGCGCGGCCGGUGCCGUCGGGGUUUCGGCCAAUGCUCUGCAUCAGCACCACCAACAGCAACAGCAGCAGCAGCAGCAGCUGCAGCAACAACAUUCAGUGAGCCCGUCUAAAUUGGCUGUAUAUAUGACAUAUAAUUAAUAGAUGUAGAUUCGACGGGAGCACAGGAGAGACUAACUUUAGUGCGAUGGUGUUCUUGUGCGGCAGAGGACCUUUUUAUUAUUUUACGAUGUAUUAAUUGUAUUUAGUUGAAGUUUAUAUAUAAAUAUAAAAUAUAUCCUAUUACGUACGGGGACGAAGUGCAAAUCGUCGCUGGGUUGAGUGUGAGUGCGUAUAUAUGUGUAGUGAUUCAGAGUUAGCGUGUGCGAGAGCGUUUGUUUGUUGUAGCGUGUACCUUACGGUACAUGAAAAGCAUAAUUAUUAACAAACGACUAAAGUAUUUAAGCUAGGUAAAAAACGUAUUGUUUAGAUAAACAUGAAUGAAAAUAAAAACUUAGUAAUAGUUGAGCGCGUUGACUGACGAUGCCCGACAAUUCGAUACGCGUAUAUACAAAAUAUUCAAAUAUUACAGGAUUCGCACCCUAUUAUCCUAGGUAAAAAAUCAACGCAAGGUCGCAUUGGAUUGCUUGUUUGUUUUAGACGUGAACUGAUUUAUAUAUACAUGUAUGUAUUAUUAUCUCAAUGGUAUGUAGUAUUUCUCUCUCACUUUUAUCCCCUAAGUAUGAUACGUACUUAAGCCUAGCUUAUAAAAAAUAAUAAUAAUAAUAAUAAUUAUCCUGAGGUUGCGCGAUUUACACGACUAAAGAAAGUAACAGCUUUCCACUAGGGUUCGAAACAAAGUCAACAGACGUCUCUCUAAUGGAGAUAGAAUUGCUAUUGAUACAGUCCCAACUCGUCGAGUUCCGCAUUCGAGUCCCAAAGUCUAUAUGCUUUGCUCGUGGACAAGUUGGAUCUAUAUUAAUAAGUUCGUCCGUGUAGUUUGAAAAAUUGGCCUCGUUCGAAGCGAGAUGUUCACCCUAGUCUUCCUAAACGAAUUGUAUAAAACGAAAUUAAUAAAAAAUAUAAUAAUGCUUGAAAUCACUUUCAUAACUUGUAAAGUAUUUCCUCUUCAAGAUAUUAUUGCUAUAACCCAAACCACAAUAUGUAUGUUAGAUUAGCUUCAAAAUUUUCGCACCCACCAAGCUGGAUGGACGGCGUUUUCAUGACAAACUGUAUCACGCUCAUAAAAUCAAAGGUAAGCUUUCAAUGAUUUUUCAUGAUUCUUGCUCUAAGUUUGUUAGGAAUUGUUUACAUUUUUCAAAAAAUCUAAACAAAUUCAUUCGUUAAAACUUUUUGAUGUUAUUUUUGAAUUCAAAAUUCGUGCAAAUAUCGAGUGUCUGAUUAAUUUGCUUGAAAUCGUCCAUCCAAUCUUGCACAUUUUCGCUAGUUAUAUUUUCUAUAUGUAGACAAAAACACCUAUUAAAAUUUACGUAGCGUAAGGUAUAAAUGAAAACUGAAAGUUUUAGCGUUUUGAAUAAUUUUGAUACAUGUAGAUAUUUUAGAUGCUCGCGAAAAGUUGCAAUAAUUGCAUGUACCGUUUAAACAGUUUGUGCAGGUUGAUUCGAGAUCGGGGAGCAAAAUUUGCUAAUUUAUGAAAUAUUUCAAAACGUAUAACUCAUGUGUAUAUUGUUAAAUAAAUAUUCGUAAUGUAAUGCUAAGACGCAUUGAUCUCGGGUAAUUAAAGUUUCCAAUAACUAAUCCUUUUACAAUAUCUUGCCUAAAGACACAAAAUAUUACAAUAUAUUAUGGCCUCUAAUACGAAUUAUGAAAGCAAUGGAAGCUUCGUUUGGUGUAAUAAGUAUUAGUACUGUAAAAUACACUCAAAUUACAUAAAGAGAUUUGUCGAUAUUCUGUGCGUUUUAAACAUUAGCGGGUUUCGUAAGCGUUGAUUAAAAAAAUGAUAUUUAUGUAGGGAGUGAACGCGAUGCUCGAUGACAUAACGAGCGAGCAAUCCGUUUCCCAGCAGUAUACAUGUAUUUAAAGUGAACAGCGUUGUACAGGCAAUUGCACGAUAAUAACCAGAUGAAUUGAGUAUUUUCUUCUGUCUUAAUAAGAUACGACCUUUGAGCAGGAAAAUUUACAAAAAAAUGCGACGAAAAUUUGUAAUUUCAUGCAGAUUCGAGAUUCAAAAGUCGAAUAGGGCAAAACCGAUUAAGAUAGCAGGGACUACUCGAAUUCAUCAUGCUACUGAUACUGCAGAAUUGAGGACAACAGAAAAAAUUACGUCGAGCAACAGGAAACAAUAGUUAUUUGAUACGAUAUACAAGUAUUGAUUAAAUAUAGUGAAUGAAAAAUUGAAUUUAAAUAAAAAAAACGACGAUAAAAUGAGGUGAAGAUUUUUGGUUGCGACCCAGUCAUCGCGUUUAACUGAUUUCUUUAUGCGAAAGUUGUAAUAAUUUGUAUUUUUUACGAUGAUGACACAGUGUUUAUAAAACGAUUAUCAAGAUUAUUAUCGACAUGAUUAUUGUAAUAUUAUGAUUAAAUAUUUUUAAUUAUAAGCGACGUUAAUAUUAUGUUAUUGUUUUUAUUGUGUGUUGUUUUGUAUAUGUACCAAUCUGCAAAUUGCGUCGACGAAAAAAGAAAUCAUUCAACUGCUAUAACAAAAAACGUAAGGUGUUUUUAAAUGUGUAUAUUAUCCUAUUGAGUUCGUUGCUGUAGAUAUUUCCACGUUAUUUUGUUUAUCAUAAUAUUAAAUAUGAUUUGGAGCUUAUGUAUUUUUCGAAUACCUGUUUCCCACCUCAUUGUUGUUCUUUUUAUAAGAAAAUACAUAUAUCGAGAACAAUUGAA